UUUAUAUUAGUUAGACGAGCCGAGUCGCAGCUCUGGGAGAUGCCUGAAAGCCGUGACUGCGGAUACGGCCGCUUCUGUCACGUCCGAGACGAUUUAAAGCGCGCUGCGCAAAACCGCUCGGUUGUUUGAACCUCGCCGCGCUGCGUGAGCAGAGGAGAGAUGCGUCGGACGUGUGCUGCGCAGGGACGUCUCAGCUGAACAUGGAUAAGCAGGGCGUCUGGUACAAUGAAGAAGGCUCCUUCUUUUCUUGUUGUGAACGCGGGCCACACCGCCGAAUCACUGCAGCGCCCGGUAUGGACAACUUAAACGCUCCCAUCACCCACCAUUGCGCAGUGCAGUGAAAACUGUGGGCUAAAUCGUGUUGUUGUUGUUUUUUUCCUGCUGCCGAUUUGGAGGGGGAUAGAUUACCUAAUCAGCUCCUUCUGUAUUGGGCAUAAAAUCCCAGUACAGCUUGCAUCCACACAUCAGAGCGCCUUGGUGCAUUGUGAAUGUAAAGAGCUCUGUCCAGUGGUGGGAGCCACUCUCCUGUGGUACAGAUGAGAGGCAAACAAUACCAUCAACCACUGAAGUUGACGGCACCUUGGGAGAAGGAUGCUGGAUUUGGGAGGAAGCUUAAAACCUACAGGAAUCAUACCAAGAUAAUAGCACAGCCUGGGAUCGUGAUGAAAGUCCUCCGCAGGAAAAGGAUUGUGUUAUUUAUGGCCUAUUUCCUCUUGCUGGUCCUCACUAUGCUUAAUUUUGCUAAAUGGACUACGGAGCCACAGCAGUGCAACCAUCAGAUGAGGAGCACCACUUAUCAGAGCAGAUCGGACAUUCGCUUCCUCUACAGGCCCUCUCUGGCUAAAAAGAGGCAGCUUAUUUAUGUCCUGACCACCUGGAGGUCAGGCUCAUCCUUUUUCGGGGAGCUUUUCAACCAAAACCCUGAAAUGUUCUUCUUGUACGAGCCCAUGUGGCACAUCUGGCAGAAACUGUAUCCCGGUGAUGCAGUGUCUUUACAAGGGGCGGCCAGAGACAUGCUCAGCUCCUUGUACCGCUGUGAUCUGUCUGUUUUCCAACUUUACAACAGCCCCGGAGGCAAGAAUUUUACCUCCUUAGGACUAUUUGGGGCCACCCUGAAUAAAGUGGUGUGCUCCUACCCCCUCUGCUCAGCCUACAGGAAGGAGGUGGUGGGGCUGGUGGAUGAUAAGGUGUGUAAAAAGUGCCCCCCUCAAAGCCUUAGACUGUUGGAGGAGGAGUGCCUAAAAUACAACACCAUAGUCAUUAAAGGAGUGCGUAUUUUGGACGUGAACGUCCUGGCUCCUUUGAUGGAGGAUCCAUCCUUGGAUUUGAAAGUGAUACAUUUGGUCAGAGACCCACGGGCUGUUGCCAACUCCAGGAUCAAAUCCAGGCACGGUCUGAUUAGGGAGAAUUUACAGGUGGUCCGCAGCAGGGACCCUAAGCUUCGCCGGAUACCUUUUGUGGAUCCCGGCCACAAAGCGAACAAGAAGGACGGCUCUGACUAUCACUCCAUCGGAGCCAUGGAGGUGAUCUGCGACCGCACCUCCAGGACUUUAAGGACGGCUCUGAACCCACCCAGCUGGCUGAAGGGGAAAUACAUGGCUGUACGGUACGAAGACCUGGUCGAAAACCCCGUAAAGACCCUGCGGAGCAUCUACCGCUUCGCUAACCACACGAACAACCACGACAUCGAGCAGUUUGCGCUGAACAUGACCAGCGGCUCCAGCUCGUCCUCAAAGCCAUUCAUAGUCUCCUCCAGGAACGCCACGCAGGCCGCUAGUGCGUGGAGAACAGUGCUGAGCAUUCAACAGAUCAAACAAGUGGAGGACUACUGCCAUCACGCCAUGUCUGUUCUAGGGUACAAUAGAGUGAGAACAGCCGGAGAGGCCAAGGACUUGAGCAAAUCUCUACUGACGCGCUCCAAAUUGUGAACGAAACGAAACAUCCUCACCACCAAAGACCUUUUAAUUUAAUGUUCAUUUUUCAUUGAGUGCCGUUUCCUCUUAUUGUGGAAUUAAAAGCUUUACUUUUAGUGUUCAAGGAGCUCCAAUGGCCACAUCUGGAAUGUAUCAUGUUUUUUUUCCUAAGUCCAGCUGCAGUUGUAUCCGAAGGGGUCAGUUUAUUUUUUUUCUUCUUUACACUGGAUAUCUUUGACAAUGCCAGGCUUUGAACUUGAACAGUGAAGCUGAAACUAUGGGGGGAAGAAAAGAAAUGUAUAUUUCAUGUAUCUUGUUAUGAUAACACUUGAAAGUGGAUGUUUUGAAGUUAUUUUUGAAUGUUGAAAAAAAAAAAGUAUUUUUCAGUCUCCAUACCGUCUGUAAAAAGUAAAAUCAGUGGAUUAAAAAAAACAGCUCAUGAAAAAUGCCAUUGCUAAUGUUUAUUUUUAAAGCUGUUUGAAGUUGGAGACAAUCAAUAAUUUGGUUUGUUGAUGUGCCAUAGGUAGAGGUGUCAUCAGAACAGCAGUAGUGAUUUUUUUUUUCAAUUUUGUAUUUAUUUUUUGUCAGAAUCCUUGUGGGAUGGUGAUGAUGUCAUACACUGUGGUCCUAAUUCUGGAGCUGAAACAUCUCUGUGUGUCAGUGUGAGCAGUCUGUUCUACCAUUUAAAAUGUUUACAAUUGCUUGCUCUUGUAAAAAAAAAAAUCAAAGAAACAAAAACCCACACACAAUCUGAGACAACUGCAUUGAGUAAAGUUCACAGUAAAACAAGAGAGUUUGUGUAUCAUUGUUGAACAACACACAUUGGGUUAUAAAGUCACGAUUAAAACCGGGGCAGCCGUUUACAAACUG